CCUGCACCCACGUCUCAACUUCUUGACCUUGACUGUCCUUCACCUUGGUAAGAACCCAUCUAGCGGCCUGCUGAGAUCUCUCCCGAUCUCCAGGUUCAUCUAUCGGAUUUGUUUUUCCUGUUUCCAGCUCAAGAUGCCUCGACGAGUGGCGCCGCAAGUUGCAGAUUCUGUUUCGCGGUUAAUCGCUGGGGGCUUCAUCAAAGCGGAGCCGGCGUGGUAUGCUGCAGCGCUACAGCACCCUACAGCACCGCUCCCUGCUCGCUUCCCAAGGCCAGGCAAGUCGCAAAAUGCUUUCAUACAGAAAAUCGAACGCGGGCGAAAGCCGACCAAGACAGAUCGACGAUCAGCCAUUCCAAACUUGAACCCUCGGCCGAUCACAUAUCUGGAAGACAAAGUUCGAGCCCAAUUCUACCGUGACCAUCCCUGGGAGGCCAAGACGCCGCGGACUCUGGUGGAGCCAGGGGAAAGCAUUUCAGCAGCUGAGUCGUCGAGAAUGGGGAAGGCGAAAGAACUCAGGCACUGGGGCAGAAAUCCUGGACCAGAAGAUGUGGUAACUGCAACUCUCGAGUUGCAUCAAGCUCACGAGCUAUCACUCUCCGCUGCGUAUCACACCACAUUGGCGUCAUACUAUGCCCUUCGCGCGGAGCACGAAAAUGCGAGCCGCUAUGCAGUUGUAGAAGCGAUCGCCUCAGGAGCGAGGUUUGGUAGAACCCAGACACAGCGCAGCUUCGAGAAGGAAGGAUCCGUUCUGCAGCGGAACAGAGAAGAACGAAUGCAGCAGCAACAGCUCCAACGGAGCGUUGAAUCGGCCACUGCACAACAAAAUGCACACAGCGCAGACGGACUUGGAUUUUCUGGGGGACUCAAUUAUUUGCAAGCAGCCAGGAGGACGCGAUGAGCUUUUUGUAGCAUACGUCUUGCAGCAUAGAUGCAAUGUGCGG